AUGGAAAACAUACCAUUUUACAUUCAAUACCUCAACAACCAACCGGUGGAAAUAGAAACCCACUUCAAUGUGGAGACCAACUACAACUCCUGGGACCCCAUUGCUGCUCUUGGAACAAAUGGGACUGUUGGGUCCAAUCCACUCAUCAUCAAGUCCAGCAGUCGUAUGGCUGGUCAAACUCAAGACACUGCCAUGGAUGUCGAUUAUUCUCUAGAGGUCGUUUACAAAAAUCUUCAUCAACUGAUAAGCUUGGAUGAAAACAAAACUGUUUUCUCCACUCAAGACUCGAUGGACAUUGCUUUGGACCAAUGCAUUCUAAACCUUGAUGUCCAAGGUAUUAAUGGAGUUCCCAAUUUCCUGUACUCGGAAAAGAUAUAUUCCGACGAAAAGGAAAUUGGGAUCGAAAUGCCGGUCGACAGGCUGUGCAAGGUCAAAGGCAGAAGCAUUGCCAUGAUCGGUGUCAGUGGAUGCGGAAAGACAAGAAUCUGCUACGAUCUAUGUCGACGUAGUUGGGGACUGUAUUUCGACUGCUCGAUUGAUUCUGAUUUCACUGCGAUGAUUGAGAAGUUGGCACAGUUGGCACCUGCCAAAAAGACGGACAAGAAUCAAUCAGUCUUUGAAUACCACUCUAAAAGACUGAUCCAGUGUUUGAUUUCUGCUCGUGUUUUUGUUUUGAAAACACUCCAUGAAACAAAUCCCGAUCUCAAGCCUUUUACAUGGCUAUGCAUUCAAAAAAGUAGACGAACUGGUGGGCUUUUUUGUAGAGAAAUGACGACAAAAUCUGGCAUGUAUUCGCCCCAUUCAUCAUUUUACUGUUUCUGGGAGGACCGAAUUGACCGGGUUAUCGAAUCCAUUGAAAAGGCUAACUCUUGUCCCGUUAAAAUCAAAUCGGUAUCGGAGAUACUUGUCAAAUUGUGUAUUUCGUUUUUGUUUGGUGAUGGCUCGAGUAUGUCGUAUUCGCCAGAGCUUGAUUUGGUUCAAACAGGUCUUGUAAUGGUUUCAAAAGUGAUUGACGGAUGGCACGCUAGAAUGACAGAACCCAUUGUUCUUACUGCAGGAUUAAACUAUUUGGCAGACCAAGAGACUCCAGUAUUAAUGGACUACUUUGCCAAUCAGCUGUUUUCACCUGUAGGAGUACCAAGCUUGUCACGUUCAGAAUGGGGACAUAUGAUGGAGUAUGUAAUUGCUCUCCGAUUCAUACAAGGCUGGUGGUUACAACCUGAGCUGAGAAAAUAUCUACCUCGAUGGGCUAUAGAUUUGAAUAUCAAAAAACCUACUGGGAUGGUUGAUUGUCGCACCAAUGAAUCGAAUGUCAAUAGGUUUUUACAACAGCUUGAUGAAGCCGACUUUCCGCAUAUUGUUUUUCCACCGGCCAAUGCUGGACCUGAUUUGCGAUACUCGGUUUUCAGCUGCAAUAUCAAAACGACAUCAACGCAAAACUCCGAUUCAGCAAUCGCCAUCAAUGAAAUCUGGUUUCAAAAGUGGUGA